AAAGCAAGAGCCGCUGUGUGUCGCCUCGGCCGUCGAGGUCGUGUUUUCAGACAUGCUUCUCCUCAUCAUCCAGAUGGCCAUCCACAUUUGAAGCCGACAAGAUGGGCCGAAUUGAAGCAAUCGCACGUUCGAUCGUGCGGACGAUCCUCAACGGUGCCAAGAAGAGGUCGCGUUCGCCCAUCGCGUACAUCCUGGCCCUCGUCUCCACCAUCUUCUCGUUCUACCAGCUGCCUCUCCACAAGCACCGCCCCGAGGUCUUUGCCAAUCUCCGCCAGCAACACUGGAAAGUUGACGACGAGGAAUAUCUGGCCUCUUUCCGUGUAGAAGAUGGUGGCAAGCCAGAAGAUGCGCUGAAGCCCCUGGCAGACCUUGGCUUCUCUGGCUCAUCCUUCUUCUCAACAGCUGACCAGAAAUACCUGGUCAAGUCUGUACCGCGCCACCACGAACACACCUUCUUCCGCAAUGACCUCCUGGACAUGUACGCAGCCUACAUGGGGUCCCACCCCCGGACCCUCGUCAUCCGCAUCUGCGACUUCCUGGCCAGCUCCGGCCUGGCCAUCGGCCACCAGCUCGGUACAGCGCCGAACCACCACAUCGUCAUGGAGAAUAUAAUGUACGGCCAGGACGAGGCAACAAGGAACGGCGCCCCCAAGUGGGAGAACUGGGACCUGAAGCCCACGAGCUACUUCUACCCAGAGCGGGACAUCGCCGACGGCAGGCUCACGAGCGAGGCCACCAAGGACCAGCUCGCCGACGAGUUCAACGACAAGAUCAUCCUCACCGCCGACCAGGCGCACGAGUUCUGGCGCAACCUGGAGGAGGACACCCGCAUGCUGGCACACUACAACGCCGUCGACUACUCGCUCUUCCUCGUGCGCAUGAACGCACGGCAGGCCGAGAACGCCAUCGGCGACGGCCCGUCCUCGUCCGGAUCCGCAGCUGAGAACGUGGUGGACGCGCUGCCCCGCGACCCGCCCGCCGUGCCUCCCGAGCCGCCCUCCUGGAGGACCGGGGUGGCAAGCGCGGAUGGGAAGUAUGUCUACCGCGCGGCCAUCCUCGACUUCUUCUGGGCCAAGCACAAGGUCCAGCCCAGGGUCAUGACCUUCCUGGUCAACACGUACAACAAGCUCAUCCACCACCAUGGCCCGAUGAGCAUCACCACCACGCCGGACGAGUACAGGGAGAGGUUCCUGAAGCUCUGUCAUGAUAUAGUGGAGGUCCGGGACGCUGGGUCCGGGUCGUGAUUGGUGAUUUACUGGAUUGUAUGAUACCCCUUAGCGUAACGGGCUGCUCCUUAAUGAAUACCCUCGAUUUUAUCAGA